AAAGAAAAACAAAUCACUCACAUCAACCUCUCUACUCAUAAUAAGUAGACUCAUAAAAUACACUCACAAGCCCUUAUCAACCACCAAACCAUCCUUAAUAACUCUCUAAAAAUCAAGAAAAACAACCCAAAAAAUCUCAAGAAAAAUGAGAACUACAAAUCACUUGAUCGGUUUACUAAACUUCAUAACAUUCCUACUCUCAAUCCCCAUCCUAGGCGGUGGAAUAUGGCUAAGCAGCCGAGCCAACAACACCGACUGUUUAAAAUUCUUACAGUGGCCGCUAAUAGUCAUCGGAAUAGCCAUCAUGGUCGUUUCUUUAGCUGGCUUCGCCGGCGCGUGCUAUAGAAACACUUUGUUGAUGUGGGUUUAUCUUUUCGUUAUGUUCUUCAUCAUCGCUGCACUUAUAGGGUUCAUUAUCUUUGCCUAUGCCGUCACCGAUAAAGGGUCCGGCCGGCAGGUCAAUAGAGGCUAUUUGGAUUAUUAUUUGCAGGAUUAUUCCGGCUGGUUGGAGGAACGAGUGGCGAGUGAUAGUUACUGGGGGAAGAUUAGUUCUUGUGUUAGAGACUCUAAAGUCUGUGGUAAGAUGAGUGUUAAUUUUAACGGUGUGCCGGAAACUGCUGACAUGUUUUAUAGGCGGAAGCUUAAUCCUAUUCAGUCCGGUUGCUGUAAGCCACCUACCGACUGUGGUUUCGCCUACGUGAACGAAACGAUAUGGACAUAUACAGGAGGGGCUGUUUACAAUCCGGAUUGCAAUAAAUGGAGCAACGAUCAGGAGCUACUGUGUUAUUCUUGUGAUUCUUGCAAGGCUGGAGUACUAGGCAGCGUGAGAAAAAGCUGGAGAAAGGUGUCGGUUAUUAACAUCGUUAUACUAAUCAUCCUAGUGAUUGCCUAUGUGGUUGGCUGUGCAGCAUUCAGGAACAAUCGUCGGAUUGAUAAUGAUGAACCGUAUGGUCAAGCAAGGAUGACCAAGUCACAACCCAGUAGAAUCCAUCUUUAAAUUGUUGAAGUGAAAUUUCAAGACGUAUAAUUUAUGGUUUUGGUUUUAUUUCCUAAUUAGGAUUGUAUCAUAACGACAAAUAUACUUAAAUUUUGUUCCUUGUUUUGGAAAAAGUUGAUGUAUAUGUUGCUGUCAGGCAGUGUGUUUCUACCCAGACUUAUUUUGAUGGAAACAAAAUGAAUAGUAUUGUAAUUAGAAGAUUACGAAAAGGAGUUUUCUCUUCUAUA